AUGGUAAGUCGGUUUUCCUUCUGCUUUUCUUGUUUUAGGCUUAAAACUGAGGAUUUGCUGGAUGUUUUGAUACAUAACUAAAGUUUAUGAUCAGUAUUGAUGUUUAAAUGACCGAAAUAUUGUAGUAUAGGAACAGUAAAAGCUGUAAGGAAGUCUACAGCUUUUAAAAAGUCAGGAGUUUUUGCUAAAAUCGGAGAAAAGACGUUAACAUUGAGUUAUGAUGUUAUGGUGUAUAUUUUGAUUCAUAGCAACUAAGAUUUUAGUCAGAUGAUGCAAAAUCUGAUAUUUUUAGAUAGCAUAGACAUUGCUUAAGCUAGUCAGAACAAUUUUAUUUGUUUCUACUUUUAAAAAUGCUGUCAAAAAUGAUUUUUUGUUACUGACACUUUGUUGUAGGUAGGAUAAGAUAAUAUCGACCAUUAAAGAGGAAUGGAUUUUGGUUAUGAAUGAUUGAUUGUUUUAGAUAGCUAAGACAUUACUGAAGAUAUUGUAAUAAGUUUAAUCAGUUUUUGAGUUUAAAAAAAUAAGAAAAAUCGAGUUUUUUGACAUCAACAUUGUAUUAGAUAAAGUAACAUAAUAUUGAUCGAAAAAGACUUAAACCUUGACCAUAUUGACUUGUUUAGACUAGAAAACGAUAGCCAAUAUUCUUGAGUUUGUUUUAAACAUUAUUUUAUUUUUAAAUAUUACCUAAUCGUUUCCAGAGAGAAGUAAUUUCAAUUCACGUCGGACAAGCUGGUGUCCAAAUCGGAAACGCCUGCUGGGAGCUGUACUGUUUGGAGCACGGAAUCCAACCUGAUGGACAGAUCCCAAGCGGAGCUCAAGCUGGAGCUGAUGACUCGUUCUCCACCUUCUUCAGCGAAACUGGCAGCGGUCGUUACGUUCCAAGAGCUGUAAUGGUCGACUUGGAGCCGACUGUCAUUGGUAAGGGGGUUUGGAGCUUAUUUGGGGAGGAAAUGAGUUGUUUGAUAAUCUAUAUGGGCAGAGUGAUAUAUUUUAAGGUUUGUGUAAAAUACGGUGUCGGAGUUUAUGACUUUAAAAGAUAUUAACCUUGGAUAAUAUAAUUUUUACCAUUUUUUUGGAAAAUAGGUGUAGUGUUUAAUUGUUUUGUUUAAAAUUUUGAUGUUAGGGAUGCUUUUGACUAAAAGUUUAAUUUUUGGUAUAUUAUCUUAGGCUUAGCUUCAAUAAAAAUUUAUUUUCAGACGAAAUCCGUACCGGCACCUACAAGCAAUUGUUCCACCCCGAACAAUUGAUCACCGGCAAGGAGGAUGCGGCCAACAACUACGCUCGUGGCCACUACACCGUCGGCAAGGAGAUCAUCGACCCCGUCCUGGACCGAGUACGUCGUACUGCCGACAACUGCACCGGCCUUCAAGGAUUCUUGAUCUUCCACUCCUUCGGUGGAGGUACCGGCUCCGGAUUCACUUCUCUGUUGAUGGAACGCUUGUCUGUUGACUACGGCAAGAAGUCCAAGUUGGAGUUCUCCAUCUAUCCAGCUCCUCAGGUCUCUACGGCCGUGGUCGAGCCAUACAACUCGGUCUUGACUACCCACACCACCUUGGAGCACUCGGACUGCGCCUUCAUGGUCGACAACGAAGCCAUCUACGACAUUUGCCGUCGCAACUUGGACGUUGAAAGACCUAGCUACACCAACCUGAACCGUCUCAUCUCUCAGGUUGUCUCUUCCAUCACUGCCUCUCUGAGAUUCGAUGGAGCCCUGAACGUUGACCUUACCGAGUUCCAAACCAACUUGGUACCAUACCCAAGAAUUCACUUCCCCUUGGCCACCUACGCCCCAGUCAUCUCGUCCGCCAAGGCCUACCACGAGUCCCACUCGGUCGGUGAAAUCACCAACGCUUGCUUCGAACCCCAGAACCAGAUGGUGAAGUGUGACCCAAGACACGGCAAGUACAUGGCUGUGUGCCUCUUGUACCGUGGUGAUGUCGUACCAAAGGAUGUGAAUGCUGCCAUUGCUACCAUCAAGACCAACAGAAGCAUCCAAUUUGUUGACUGGUGCCCAACUGGAUUCAAGGUAAGGUUUGGGGAUGGUUGAUGACCUAGAAGUUAGUAAGGAAGUAGAGGAAAAUAGGACUUUUGGACGCGUUUUGAGGGUUUAAAAUGAGAAAUGUGAGGAAAAAUGAUGAUUCAUAGUCGAUUUGGAGAGUCUGAAAAAGUGGAAGUUCAGUGGAAGAUUUGUAAUGUAUUUUGCACUUUUAUUUUCAAAAUGUCGUAAAAUGGCCUAAAAUUGACUUUUAACACUUUUUAAGAAGUGGAAUUUAGUUGGAAGAUUUGUAAUGUAUUUUGCACUGAAAAUCUUCCACUAAACUUUCACUCUCAAAAAUGGACAAAAACGUGUUUUUAGGCGAGUUUCCACUUUUUUAAAUUUGCUAAAUUUUUUGUUAUAAUACAUAUUGUAAUAGGUCGGAAUCAACUACCAACCACCAACCGUCAUCCCCAACGGUGACUUGGCCAAGGUCCCCCGUGCCGUGUGCAUGCUGUCCAACACCACCGCCAUCGCCGAAGCCUGGGCCCGCCUCGACCACAAGUUCGACCUGAUGUACGCCAAGAGAGCCUUCGUCCAUUGGUACGUCGGAGAGGGUAUGGAGGAGGGCGAGUUCUCCGAAGCCCGCGAAGACUUGGCCGCUCUCGAGAAGGACUACGAAGAAGUGGCAGUCGAUUCCAACGAUGGCGUCGCCGGCGACGAAGAAGAAUACUAA